UAGAAAUUUCGCCACAACUCACAACUAUAUUUUUUAAAUCAUUUUGCCGUGUGAGGUUAAUAGUCUGAGCUUCUAUAUAAGGCACUUGAAUGAAGCUUCAAACACCCGCCUUGUGCAAGUCUAAUUCAAUAGCCCUAUCCUUAAUUAAGUUGCAAAAUCAUCGCAAACCUGGCCUUUCAAGCGUGUUUGAUACAACCUUGACACAACAUCAGCAGUUUCAGUAAGAGGAAAAUGGAUGUUGGUUACCAUAAUAAAUCUUUUGAAAGUUCGUUUGAGUCAGUUGACACAGCGGGGAAAGUCAUCACUUGCAAAGCUGCUGUAGCAUGGGGUCCUGGACAGCCUCUUGUCAUUGAAGAUGUUCAAGUUGCUCCCCCUCACAAGAUGGAGGUCAGGGUCAAGAUUCUAUUCACUUCAAUCUGUCACACGGAUCUCAGUGCUUGGAAAGGCGAGAAUGAAGCUCAAAGAGCAUAUCCUCGGAUUCUCGGCCAUGAAGCAGCAGGGAUUGUUGAGAGCGUUGGUGAAGGUGUUGAGGACAUGAAAAAAGGUGACCAUGUCAUUCCAAUCUUCCAAGGACAGUGUGGCAACUGCAUCUGCUGCAGAAAUGAGAAAACAAAUCUCUGCCAAAGGUUUGGAGUGAAUCCAUUGAAGAGUGUGAUGGUAAAUGAUGGCAAGCCAAGGUUUUCAACCAAGGAUGGGAAUCCCAUAUUUCAUUUUCUCAACACCUCCACUUUCAGUGAGUACACCGUUCUUGAUUCAGCCUGUGCUGUCAAGAUUGACUCUGAGGCACCUCUUGAGAAAAUGAGCCUCUUGAGUUGCGGUGUCUCCACAGGAGUUGGAGCCGCUUGGAAUGUAGCUAAUGUGCAACCUGGAUCAAGCGUAGCAAUCUUUGGUUUGGGUGCCGUGGGACUCGCGGUAGCUGAAGGAGCGAGAGUAAGAGGAGCAUCCAAAAUAAUAGGCGUUGACAUAAACCCUAGCAAAUUUUCCAAAGGUAAAGCUGUGGGAAUUACAGAAUUCAUAAAUCCAAAGGAUCUAGAAGUGCCAGUGAAUGAGAGAAUUGGAGCUAUGACAGAUGGAGGUGUAGACUACAGUUUUGAGUGUGCAGGAAACCUUGAAGUUCUUCGUCAGGCAUUUUUGUCUACCCAUAUGGGAUGGGGACUGACUGUACUAUUGGGGAUUCACCCAAGCCCAAUGCUGCUACCUCUCCAUCCAAUGGAGUUAUUUAACGGGCGUCAAAUCGUAGGAUCGGUCUUUGGAGGCUUCAAAGGCAAAACCCAGCUACCAGAGUUUGCCAAACAAUGCAUGUGCGGGACCCUGAAAUUAGACGAGUUCAUCACGCAUGAGCUUCCCUUCGAUAAGAUAAAUGAAGCCUUUCAAUUGCUAGUUGACGGGAAGUCACUUAGAUGCCUUCUGCACCUCUGAGCUCCUUCACAAGAUGCUGGCAUCCUUUGAACAUGGCAACCUAUGGUUUGCAAAUAACUGGCGCUGUGCUUGCGACAAUUAGAAACACAAAUAAAGACUUUUGGCUCAUUAUCAUAAACUCUGAAGCAACAAUAAUAUAUAGUUGUUGGAUCACUACUAGAAUAUACCACUUGGAUAGCUUUGUUUUGUUUUGAACCUACAUAUAUGCUUCGAAUGAAAAUUAGUAUUGAGAGCUUUUCCAGAAAAACUCUC